AUGGCUGAGCUACCAGAUAUUCAUCAUAAGAUGAGCAAGAAAAUUGCUCAACUUACCAAAGUAAUUUUCCAUCUAAACACCAAAAGUGAUGAAGCAGCGCUAUAUCACCAAGCACAAGCAGAAGCAUAUGAAAAAGAAAUUGACAGGAUAGUAAGGGAGGCUAAUAACAUCAUCUCAAAGCAACGUGAAAUUUUGGAAAAGCACAAGCAGGCAGGUGAUGUAGGCGCUAUGAUAGCUCAAAUCCAAAACCAAUAUGAAGAAUCCAAAGGAAAAGCCCAAGCAGAUUUAGCGUUAUUAAGAUCAGGCGCUGAAGAAAGAGAAGCUUCGUUGAGAAAAGAAAGCAAAGAAAAAAUCGACCUGUAUAAGCGAGAAAUUGGAGAACUUAAAGCAGCUUUUCAAAAGCAACUGUCUCAGUUUGAAGGAAAGCAGCUCACAUCUGCAGGUGCCCUUGAAGAGCUAAUGAGGACUCAUAAAGCAGAAAUGGAUGCUUAUGUAAAAGAACAAAAUGCAAAAUACUCAAAAUUGCUGCAAGACAAACUUGAUAGUGAAGACAACUUGAGAGACGAAAUGGAUAAGAGAUUGAAAUCAUUAAAUACUGAAUGGGAAAAGAAACUGAAAGAUGAGAUAGCCAGAGUUAAAGCAGAAGAAAGAGCAAAAGCCCAGAAACUAUUUGAUCAAGCUGGGUCUGAUUUUUUGAAAAAACUUGAUCAGGCUGAAGCAAAGAUCCAGGAAUUGACUGCAGCUAAUACAAGUUUAACUGCAGCUAAUAAACAAUUGACAGACCAAAAAGCUAAACUUGAAGCUUUAAUGGAGGAUUUGCAAAGGGAGCUUAAAAAAUUGAAUCAGCUGGUAACUGAUUGGGAAAGAAAAUACCAGAAAUUGUAUGCAGAUUAUGAAAUGGCUGAGAAUUCAAAAUAUAAGACAGGGGCUGAAGCAGAAAAAUUAGGCUCAGAACUGUCAGGAGCAAUCCAGAAAAUUCAAAAUUUGACAAGAAUGGUUCAAGAAAGAGACAAAACUAUUCAAACAAUGACCAAAGAGUACGAAGACAUGGUAAACAAUUUUAAAUCAGAAAUCCAAGGCUACAAGCAAAACAUGAGCGAAAAAGAAGCCUUUUUGAGCAAAGAAAUUGAAAAUAAAAAUGAGCGAAUUCAAACUUUGCAGCACCAGCUCGUCUUAGCAGAACAAAAUUUAAGUGAACUACGGGCAAAACUUCAGGAAACUGAAGAUAAGCUAGCAACUGCUCUUCAAGAAAUCAAAAGUUUGAGGGCACAAAUUGAUAGUAAUGACAAUAUUUUUAGCGACGAAAUUAAAAAAAGAAACACUGAAAUUGAUAGUCUGAAAGGAGAAAUAGACAGACUUAUGAGAGAUAUUGAUGGACUUAAACAAAACAGUUCCUCACAAGUGAAGCAGCUUCAAGAUGAGCUAGAAAGCUUGAGAAAGCUAAGUGCACAAGAAGUGCAAGAUUUAAAGAAAUUGCAUGAAAAAAAAAUAAAUGAGCUAUCAGCUGAUCUGGAAAAGAAAAAAGAAGAUGCAUUGAAUAAGCUUAAAUCUGAACACGAAUAUUAUAGAGGAGUUCUCAAAGAUGAAUUUACCAGUAAAUUAAAUGAUCAAAAAGCUACUUAUGAAGAAGAGAUUAGGAAGCUAAAAAUUGACAUCACAAAUCUGUCAGGGGAAUCAAGCAAGUAUGCUCAAGAUCUGCAAAAUAAAAUCAAUCUGCUUCUGCAAGAAAUUCAGGAUUUGAAAAAGUCAAAGUCAGAUGUCGAGAAUAGGCUGGAAACAGCAAUAAAUGAUAUUUCUUCUUUAAAUAGAGAAGUAGCUAGCAGAGAUAGCAGAAUCAGAGACUUAGAAAUAGAAAUAAGCAAUUUAAAACAAAAUGGAGAAGGACAGAAAUUGCAGCUAAUUCAAGAGAUAGAAAACUUAAAAAGAGAAAACUCCAGGAUUAUAAGAGAAUGGGAGCUUAAACUUGAAGAAAAAGCAAAAGAAGACGAAAAUUAUUUAAGAGUCCAACUUGCGGCACUUGAAGAAAAAUAUAAAAGAGAACUUGAAGAAAUGAGAAAGAGAAACCAAGAAAUGGCUGCCAAGUUGCAAGCUGAUUCUCAAAAUAUUAGAGAACAGUUGGCUGCAGAGUUGCAACAAAUACUUAAUGAAAAAGAUAAGCUAGAUAAAGAAUGGACCCAAAAGUAUAGAGAUUUAGAAAAUUCUUCGAACACAAGACUUAAAGAAUUAGAAACAAAUCACGCAAAAAGAUUAGCUGAGCUGGAUGGGAAUAGUCAAAAUUCAAUAAAUGAGUUGAAGGCAGCACAUGCAAGAGAAAUAGAGAAUCUAAAAAGAGAAUUCCAAGAAGAAAUGGAAAGAUCAUCAAAGCGUUUUGAAGAGCAAAGGAAAAAAGAGCUUGAUUUUAUGGCUCAGCAGCAAGAAGAAAAGCUUCAAAAAUUCAGCCAAGAUUUUGAUAUUCUCUUUUAAUUAAUUAAUCUAUUAAUUAUUAUAAACAAUUACUUUUCUCAGUUAAAUUUCAUAGGGUAUAGAAUUUUGGCCCAAAAAUGUGUCGAAUAUGAAAAAGAAAUCAAUGAAUUAAAACUCUCAAUAGAAAAAUUAAAAAAAAUGAGUGAAAAUGAGAAAAACAAUUUUGAAGGAGUCAUAGAAAACUUGAAGCGUGAAAAAGAAGCUCUGAGUAAAGAAAUCGCAAAAUUAAAAUCAGAUUUAAGCGAUGAAGCUGAAAAACUUGCUCAAAAAGAAAGUGAAAUGAAAGCGUUGGAGCUUCAAAUUAGCACUAUCAAAAGUGAAAUGCAAGAACAAUUAAACGCAAAACAAAAAGAAUACGAAAAGAAAGAAAACGAGCUCAGAUCAAAAUUCAAAACUGAAAGAGACAGCAUACUUAAAGAGCACCUAGAUGAAAUGGCCCAACUACAAAAAGAUUUCCAAAAUACAAUUGAAAUGAUGGAAAACAGGCAUAACACUCUUUUAAAGCGCUAUGAAGAGCUUCAAAGCCUUUAUGACAACAGGCCUUCUAGAGAAGAAGACAUUGCUUUAAUUAAGCAUUUACAAGAAGAAGUAGGUAUUAAAGAUGAAGCACUUAAAAAAGCAUAUGAAGACAUGAAAUUCUAUAAACUUGAGCUUGUAAAUAGAGAAGAAAAUUAUAAUAAACUUUUUGGAGCCAACCCAACUGUGGGAGUUUUAGAUGUUUUGGGAAGCAAAAAGAAAGAUAAAAAUGGAAUGACUGUAACUCAAAGAGGUUCAUCAGGCCAUAGCAAUACUUCUCACAACUUGAACCGCAAAGCAUCAAAAUUAUAA